AUGAUUCAGACGUCGGAGGAAUGGGUGUGGUUGACCGUGGUGCUGCUCAUCACAACGCUGCGCUAUGUGUCUCGCAUUCUGCAGACGGGUGGUCCGCGCAACCUCCAGGUGGAGGAUCUGGUCAUGGCGGUGGUUGUAAUAUUCUACAUAUUGCUUACCGUUUUCCUGGUCCAAGUCGACAAGUACGGCACCAAUGGAAUCCCCCCGGGUGAGUUCGAGACGCUUGAUAAAUCGACAAUCCCAGACCGCAUCAAAGGCAGUAAGAUGGUCGUGGCGGUCGAGCAGUUUUGGCUCGUGGUGGUCUGGGGAUGCAAAUGCUGUCUGCUGUUACUAUACUCGACCAUGACUUCCGGCCUCUGGCAACACCGCAUCGUCAAAGUCAUCGGCGGCAUCUGCGCCUUCAGCUUCCUCCUCAUCGAGAUCCUCUUCUUCGCCGUCUGGUGCCGCCCGUUCUCAGCAUACUGGUCCGUCCCGCCCAAGAGCGUGCAAUGCUCCGUCUAUACCAACCACGUCAUCACCACCCUUGUCUUCAACGUCACCACCGACGUGCUCAUCAUGGCCAUCCCCCUGCCGCUGCUCAUCCGCGCCAAACUCUCCCUCUCGAAGAAACUCACCCUCUGCGCCGUCUUCUCCCUCGGUGUAUUCGUCAUCCUCUGCUCCAUCCUCUCAAAGUACUACUCCAUCUCCCAGCCCUACGGCAUCAAAUGGCUGCAAUGGUACGUCCGUGAGGCCGCCACCGCCGUCAUCGUCUCCAACAUCCCGCAGACCUGGACCCUCCUCCGCCGCCUCUUCAACUGGAAGUCCUUCCUGCAGCACUCGUCCUAUAAUCGGAGUCAGAACAAGUAUACCAGUCGCUUGGACAGCUCGACGAUCCAUCUCUCGCGGUUCCGGGGGGACAAGUCGGGAGUGCGCUCGACCAUCGACCGAUCUGAGUCGGGGGAGCAUAUCGUUCGCGAGCAGCCGUUGGAGAUCUGGGCGCAUACCCAGUUCCAUGUGACGAAUGAGGUGGAUGACACGCCGAGGAGCGAUAGUUUGAGUCACAGUAGUGCUAGUUUGGACUUUGAUACUGCUGGUGAGAGUGGGCUGGUGAAGACGACCGUGACCUCUGCGCCGUGA